GUUCCAUUACGAGUGAGUGACGCUAGACUAUUUAGACCCAUUCCAUUCACAAAGCAAUGGCAAGACCUGUGCCAGGAUAGGACACAGCAAUUCUGCUACUGCCUCAGGCUUUUCUUUUGUCCCGGCGGACUAAAUACUCUUUGUUUUCAUGCUUGGAAACGAUUGAAGCCGAAGCUAUGUUAGGUUUGACGAGCCCCUGUGUCGCAGGAGUUACAUGAUCUGGAUCCAUAAAUGAGUAGCAUCGCUAAGGUGCUUCCCCCCGACCAUGCAGCAUGCCAUCGAUACUUAGACGAUCUCGUCGUCGUGAGUUAACUCUCACAAAGUCAUUCACGGGCGCGAUUCAGGAAAAGGUUCACCCUCUGCAGCGCUUUCCAGAGUUAAUAUCCUGCAGUUCAUUAAUCGUCGAUCGCCCCGAUUUUUGCCCUUCCUCACCAUCACCUUCAAUUGCGAAAUCCCCAGACUUCGCUCGCCCUUCUCUAACAUUUUCUAUAUACCGUAGUCCGAUCUCCAACCUCCAACAUCAUCCCAUUCACACCCUCCCUCCCGAGCUUCUCAUUCGUAUCUUUGAGCUGGGCUCGUUUGAUGAUGCCCUAUUUCUUAUCGUCAUCUCCCACGUCUGUCACCCAUGGAGGAUGCUUGCUUUACACACGCAUACCCUCUGGCGGCGCUUGUCGUUUUGUUCUCAUGGAUUGCGUUUGUGGAGGGAGCGCAUAUCCCGCGCCCGUGGGUGUUCCCUCGACGUUGCAAUCACACCUCCGCAGCACCAUAUUCCCGAUAUGGGCGCGUUAGCCCUGCAGCUGCAUCUUCUUGUCCCACACAUAUCCAGAGCCCGCUCAUUUGAGCUGCGGUUUUCAAGUUACUCGCCGUUCUUAUGGAACACUGCUCUCGGCCCUAUAUGUUGUCAAGAGCAAUGGGACGAUGAUAUGGGCAGACAUACUUUUACUCCAUCGGUGCACGCGCUGCAAUUGGAGAAACUCACUCUGUGUUAUCCAGAGAAUGACGACACGAAGGAGUUUACUCUUUUCGCAGGCGUUGCGCCUCAGUUGCAGAACGUCACGCUUGAUGGCAUUCGCCUGACCUGGCUGCCAGAGCUUUAUGGGCGCCUCACAUAUCUCGACUAUACUCAUCACGGAUUCACAACUGGGCCAACCGCUGUGGAUGAGGUUCUAGGAAUGAUUCGAGUUUCAUGCGCACUACGCGAGCUUCGCAUAUGCUUUAGGAGAAGAGUGCUGGAUGGAGAAGUUUUAUAUCUAUCUCACGAUAACGUUCCUGCAGGACAGACUCACCUUUUGCAGCUUGAGCGGCUCGUUCUUGCCGUCGACGAAUCGGAUAUCGACAUACCUCCUGAGCUUACAUCGCUCUUGUCCCGCCUUUCUGUGCCCAACCUUCGCGAAUUACAUCUGGUUGAUCUUCGCUUUCAGCCUACUAACAGACGCUGGUGGAUGCCAGCGUCAUUUCUUGGACUCAGAGACGCUCUGAGCCUUUUUCAAGUCACGAUACCAUCCAGCAUCAAGGUUCUGGCGAUAGCGGGUCGCUGGACAGAUCAUUCCUCCAUUCCUGCCCUUGCGAAACACUUCAGAGAACUUGACGAUUUGGAAGUGGAUGGUGUUGAGAAGGAUCUUGUUCUAUGUAAUACCUCAGUGAGAUUUGCCACUGCAUGACGAAGCGUGGAUAUAAUGAGCAAUAUACCUUUGCCCCGACUUUGCCCCCCUUGUCUGCAGACCAGUUCUUUCGCACCAGUAGACGGGGUCCCACAUUCCUUGCAAGAUCCACCCGUGAGUCAAGUUAAAUACCUGUUUGAUUUCUG